AUGUGUCUACCCACAUAUGAAACAUACAAACAACCCAAAACUAAGGAAUUCUUGCAAAUGAUGGAAAAGUUGCGUUUAGAAGCACAAGAAUCUGAAUACAAGAAGUUGAUUAAUCCAGCACCCGAGCACACGACAUUGUAUGACACAAACAAUGACGAAUACGUAUCUCCAGUACAAGCACACAAGGAAUUGAAGAAUCAGUUGACUACUAUUGUUAAUGUGUUUAUUAGUGUUGGUAGUGUGUCAUAUGCUGUGUGGUAUUGGACAGCACUGAGUUGGGGGUUGAGAGAUAGUUAUCGUGUGUUGUUGACGGUGUUUUUUGGGCUACUAGUGUUGGUGGCCGAAGUUGUUGUGUACAUGGGAUACUUGAAUAAGAUUGAAGAAGCAAGAGUGAAAGAGUAUAGUAAACGGGAAGUGAAGAAAGUGAUCAAGUCUUACAAUUUAAGAAAAGACACGUGA